AUGGACAUCCUGAAGCAGAUUUUCACCGCUGAGACCCCGGCCCAGACCACGACGACCGAGAAGAAGGAGGACAAGAUGGUGCUGGAGACCACCGUCACCCAGGAGAAGGUGCGCCCCGACGUCGUCAAGGAGGGCGUCACCUACACCAAGGAGGUCCAGUGCCAGGCGCAGAAGGAAAUCGAGCGCAUCCGCGAGAUCGAAAUCGAAAAGGUGCAGCCCGUCGUGCACAUCGACCGUGAGCAGACCGAGGUGCGCCAGGUGGUGCAGCCCAUCCUCGAGAAGGAGGUGAGGCCCACCCUCAUCACCAAGACCGCCAAGGAGGUCGAGCUGGGCACCCGCCAGGAGAAGGCCACGGGCCUGCCCACCCCGCUUGAGGGCGGCCGCAGCCUGGGCGCCGCCCCCGCCAUCCAGUCCAAGACCGAGUUCCUGGGCAUCGAGAAGAAGCGCGAGGAGUUCGCGCCCAUCGUGGAGGAGACGAUCCACAAGAAGAUCAUCGAGCAGGUCACGCCCGUGGUGGAGCGCGAGGUGGUGAUCCCGCACGUGAUCGAGCAGACCAAGCACAUCCACGAGACCAUCCAGGAGAAGGAGGUCGUCACCCACGAGAUCCGCGCGCCCAUCACCGUCGAGCAGUGGGAGAAGCAGGAGGGCUCCGUCUGCAAGAUCUCCUCCCAGAAGUCCUAA